AUGACGGCAAGAAUUGCAUUGAGAUUCAUGAAAGAAUGUUUGAAACAGAAGCUCAAAUCAACGGCGGCUCCCAGACAUUAUUAUUCAUCUUCAUCUUCAUCUUCCACUGCUCCUGUUAAACCAAAUAUUCCUCAUUCUUCACGAAAGGGAAGAUUACUUACAGGAGCUACCAUUGGCAUGGUUAUAGCUGGGGGCGCUUACGCUAGCACUGUUGAUGAAGCAACAUUCGGUGGGUGGCUAUUUUCAGCAACAAAAGUUGUAAAUCCAUUCUUUGCAUUGCUGGAUCCAGAGGUUGCUCAUCGCCUAGCUGUCUCUGCUGCAGCUCGUGGGUGGGUCCCACGAGAAAAGAGGCCAGAUCAGCAAAUUUUAGGGCUUGAAGUUUGGGGAAGAAGGUUUUCUAAUCCAAUAGGACUUGCUGCAGGAUUUGAUAAAAAUGCAGAAGCUGUUGAAGGUUUACUUGGAUUAGGGUUUGGAUUUGUGGAAGUUGGAUCAGUUACUCCUAUUCCACAAGAGGGUAAUCCAAAGCCUCGUAUGUUUAGAUUGAGAAAUGAAGGGGCCAUAAUCAACAGAUGUGGAUUUAAUAGUGAAGGAAUAGUUGCUGUUGCAAAAAGGUUAGGAGCUCAACAUGGUAAGAGAAAACUAGAUGAAACAUCAAGCACUUCAGCUUCUUCAAAUGAUGAAGUCAAAACUGGAGGGAAAGCGGGUCCCGGAAUUCUCGGGGUUAAUAUUGGAAAAAAUAAAAGUAGUGAAGAUGCUGCUGCAGAUUAUGUACAAGGUGUACAUACGUUGUCUCAGUAUGCUGAUUAUUUGGUAAUCAAUAUUUCUUCCCCAAAUACCCCUGGACUCCGACAACUUCAAGGAAGAAAACAGUUAAAGGACCUUAUCAAGAAGAUUCAAGCAGCCCGCGAUGAAAUGCAGUGGGCUGAAGAGGGCCCACCUCCAUUAUUGGUAAAAAUUGCUCCUGAUUUAUCAAAACAAGACCUUGAAGAUAUUGCACAGGUUGCUCUUGCUCUCCGGUUGGAUGGUUUGAUUAUAUCAAAUACAACUGUUUCAAGGCCAGAAAUAGUGGAGAACAAUUCUGUAUCAAAGGAAAGUGGUGGAUUAAGUGGGAAGCCUCUUUUUAUCUUGUCAACUGACAUUCUAAAGGAGAUGUAUUUAUUAACAAAGGGAAGGAUUCCUUUGAUUGGCUGUGGAGGUGUGAGCAGUGGAGAAGAUGCUUACAAGAAAAUAAGAGCAGGAGCUACUCUUGUUCAGCUUUAUACAGCUUUUGCUUAUGGUGGGCCCGCUCUUAUACCCCAGAUAAAGGCUGAACUUGCAGAGUGUUUAGAAAAAGACGGGUUUAAAUCAGUUUAUGAUGCGGUUGGAGCAGAUUGCAGAUAAUUAUUUGGAAUUUUCACAAUCUUUUUUGAUGAUUUUUGUAAAGAUAAGUGAGUGAGAGGAUGGAUUUUCAUAAAUCAUACUUACAACUUCCUUAUGAAGUUGUAAUUUUGCAAGACUUUGAAGUAUUUAAAUUUCCCCUUUUUUUUUUGUUAGUUGAAGAAAGUUUACAAUUUUGAUGAUUCACUA